CGGGGUUGGCCCACAGACAGACUGAGCACACACGGAGCGGCGCCAUGCACAACCGUCGGAGCGACAGCUAACCAGCAGAAAUGCCUCAUGAAGACCUCGACCCAGCCCGAAAUGCUCGGCUCGGGGCACACGUUGUCGCAUUAUUCCACCGAUACAGGAUGUGAAGAUGGACUACGUGUGAUGAAAUGGCCGGGUUUUGAGUCUCACUUCACGGUUUCGCUCGGUGUAGCGUGGCAGAGGCGGCGGAUCGUCUCCAAAGUUGUCGGUUAGCAGGGCGCGUGUGAAGGAUCGGAAUUAAAGGCGCAGUGCACCCGCUGCAGCCGCAAACAUGGAGAAGCAGCAGAGUGAUUUGGACCGAGACCGACAGUACUGUGAACUUUGUGGGAAAAUGGAGAACCUCCUCAAGUGCGGUAGGUGCCGGAGCUCGUUUUAUUGCAGCAAAGAGCACCAGAAACAGCACUGGAAGAAACACAAGCUCAUUUGUAAGGAGGCGGACAAGGCGCAGUUUCCCAAACAGAUGCCCGAGCAAGCGCAGCCGCCUGGGGACGACAAGGCGCCGGAGAAGUGCCCACAAAAGAAAACCCCCGUGCAGGCGGACAGUGCGUCUGUGCCACAACCCACAGACUCAGAAAUACCUGGGGUCGGCGACACGCCGGGGGAGGACGGGCCCAACAAUACCGCCACACCUAACGGACAAACGAGUUCAUCCCCUCAAAAACUUGCCCAGGAGUACAUAGUCCCGUGUAUGAACAAGCACGGUAUUUGUGUGGUGGACAACUUUCUAGGAACAGAGACUGGGCUAGGCAUUUUGGAUAAUGUCAAGGCCCUGCACAAAACAGGCAAGUUCACUGACGGCCAGUUGGUCAGUCAAAAAAGCGACUCCACUAAAGACAUCCGAGGGGACAAAAUCACGUGGAUAGAGGGGAAGGAGGCCGGCUGCGAGAAGAUCCGCUUUCUAAUGAGUCGCAUGGACGACCUGAUCAGACAUUGUAACGGCAAACUGGGAAACUACAUAAUCAAUGGAAGGACAAAAGCAAUGGUAGCAUGUUACCCUGGAAAUGGGACAGGUUACGUGCGCCAUGUGGAUAACCCAAACGGCGAUGGACGGUGUGUCACAUGCAUAUAUUACCUUAAUAAAGAUUGGAAUGCCAAGGAACACGGUGGCCUUCUUCGAAUCUUCCCAGAAGGAAAGGCCCAGUUUGCCGACAUUGAGCCCAAAUUUGACCGUCUGCUGUUAUUCUGGUCAGACAGACGGAACCCUCACGAGGUUCAACCCGCCUUCUCCACCAGGUAUGCCAUCACGGUUUGGUAUUUUGACGCAGAUGAGCGAGCCAGAGCUAAAGAAAAGUACUUAACAGGUGCAGGAGAAAAAGGAGUAAAGGUUGAACUCGACAAACCAUCGGAUCCCAGCUAGUGGGAAGCCUGCGUCCCCUACAACCAGCCAUUAAGUGCUCUGUCCUAAGAAAGUGGCCUAUAGAGAGCAUGUGUGUGUGCUUUACAUGGAAAACAGCAGACUUUUGCUUGAGUGGGUGGAAGAUCCAUGCUUAGAAAAACAAAUACACAGCGAAUUCUGUUUGUUUUCAGUCAACCUGGGCGACCCAGCGGACCUUGAAUGUCAUGACAUUGUACUGAAAGGGAUUGUGUGUUUUUUUUCCUCUCACCUUUUUUUUGGUGGAGAACGCUUACAUUACAGCUGACAUUUUCAGAAAAUCACUUCAAACAGGAAUUAAGCUCAUCUUUUGCAUAAUGGUUUUUGCAGUUAAUUCCUUUAAGGUACAGUGUUCUGCAUAUGCUUAAUGUGUUAUGCUUUUCACAUGGAAUCAGCUGUUAUAAGCUACUGUAUGGCAAAUGUGCUUGAGUUUGCAAUAAUAUGAGGAAUGAUCUGAAUUAAAAACACCCUUUUCUGACAGAA